AGCAUCCAUGAGAUUUGCGAGAUUCUAUGGGUUCAGAGUUGAUUCUUACCUAGUUUGCAGCAUUCUUACCUGAGUGCCCGGACUUGUGCCCCGACCGGCCGGACGGGUUGAGGUUGCCGCAUGCGAACAACUCGUGGCAAGGCUUCUCUUUUCUUUUCUACGUGCCCUUUUCAACAUGGCGGGGGACGACGACCAGAGCGACCCUUUCCUGUGGGAUGAGGAUCGAGUGGUCAGAGAACUCUGCACAGCCCAACGAACGUGGGCAGCACCGCCAGCAAACCGAUGGCCGGAUUCCGUUGCCCUCGAGACAAAACUCCGUGAAUGCGGGGUUGAUGGCGAAACGCUUCUAACCUACGCGGAUGAAUUCGACUUCCGCGACCUGUGGAGUCAGCUGGGGGUCAGGAGCCUCCCUCAUCAAGUGUCGCUCAAGAAAGCCAUCCAGCGGUUUAGAAAGGCCAGCGCGGGGUACCGUGAAUGGAAGAGGCAAGAGCUGGCUAAUAACCAAUCAUGCGGCGACCAAGAAGACGACAAUCCGGCAGUAAAACUUGAGUCAAAAACAGUGGCUCGACUUGAGCCGAUAGUUCAAGCAUCGCCCGUCACAGGGGUAGCGUCAACCGACCUUGUUUCCGAGCCAAGGUUGAAAAGCCCUUACCAGGGGGUUCUAUCUCCAACACUCUCGCCAUCUGCCGGCCCUGAUGCGCUUGCAUCUUCUGGCAUUCCGGAUGCGGAUGCGGAUGCCUUAAGCCUUGAGCAGGAAAAUGCGGAAGAGAGACCUAAGAAAAAGAGAAGGCUAGCACCGAUAACAAUCUCGGCCGAACCUACCGGCCAAGCUCUCUCGAACCUACCAACCCAAGCCGACGGUAUAUCGCAGAGGACAGCCGAGAUCGUGUUCGAUGAGGGCGAUUCGUCUGCCUUCCUCGGGACCAGCAUUUUGUUGGUCGACGAGCUUACCCGACCUGAGUUAGUUGGCCAGACGGAUGCUGCCGAUCCUGAAUUUGUAUUGUUGCGGAAACAAAUACCUGCGGGUCGCCGGAUCCAAGUGUCGGCAGCAAUGAAGCGGUUCUUCCGGUCGAACCUGGUUCAACGUCUCAAACAGAGCCGCAGUGAGAACGAAGAUGCCCCGCUGCCCGUGUUUGGAGAGUCUGACGAUGAGGAGAGUCUUGACUCUGAGACCUGGCGCGAGUAUCAAAAAGAGGAAGAAGAACGGUUGGCCCUGGCGGCCCGCAAGGACCCAGCCAAGGCAGCAAAGGAACGGCUCCUUAGCAAAGAGGAAGUGGCCGAGGUGGUCCGGAAUGUCAUCCAAGAGUUGGAUUCCCGUUGGCUCAUCGAGAAGAAGCCAAAGUGGGAUCGCAAAGCUUGGCCAGUAUGGCAGGAUUCCCGGCGUAAUCCGGACCGCCUAGCUCGUAUCAAGUCGGAGAAGCAAUUCCUAGGCCAGCUACAUCGAAGAAUCGCCCGUUUCACCGACGAGAUCAUCGGCCAGCAGUGGUCCGUUGAGAACAACGUCCAGCAGAAGGCCGUUGAUUACCUUGAAAGGAGCGUUUUCGACAAGAAGUACCAGGAAUGGCUCAUCGACGUCCUUGAGAGCCCUCGCCAGCCUCCGAAACCAGCAACGCUCCCUCGACCGGCCAAAAAGCCGGUAGAGUCACCCGUCCUCGACGAAGACGAAGAGCUGUUAGCAAGCGACUCCGACGGCUUGGACGAUUUCAUUGAAUACGACGACGUCGUUGUUCCCUCUUUCGGUGAUGAUAUGGAGGUCGAUCCGGAGCCGCCUCUAGAACAGCUAGAGCAGGGUGCUGUCCCGGCUAGCUCGGGCCGUGCUGAUUCCGUCAUCCCGAUUGACGAGGCGGACAAUGGGCUUCCGCCGGUAGAUGCGACCCCAUCUGGUGAACCGGUUGUCGAUGAUGGCCCCCAAGUACAGCCCACGCCCAAGAAAAUAAAGGCGGAGAAAUCCCUAGCACCGGCAACACCCCGCCCCGUUAGUACUUCGGCUCCAAAAGAAAUCAUCGUGAUACCGGAUUCCCCAUCUCCCGUCAAACCCCCUGGCCAGGUCCCGGGUUUCGAUGACCUUGAGAGCCUCGAAAAGAUCGGAGAGAUCGGAGUUGAACACUGGCAAAGGGUUCGGGAUGCUGAGAGACUUGUGGUCGCUGCACUUUGCGAUUGGUCUGACACAAAAAAGGCCAAGCUCCAUGAUGCGAUCAAGGACCGAGACCACAAGGAAGCAUGGGCCGAGUAUGUGAGCCCGACCCUUGAAGAUCCCUCGUCAGCGACGGCUGAGUCCGUUGGGUUUCUUCUCUGUCGGCUCUUCGACACUUUUGCCAGCAAGAGCGCCAAAUGUUCGACCAAGCCCCUGGCGGAUAUGUCAUGUAAGAGAAUACUUCGAGAGGGGCACUCGUUUGCCGGCUUCUAUGAGUUCCUCGGGCAGGUCCUUCAACUUUUCCUGCAUCUUAGCCCUCGGGUGCCGAAUGUCCUUCAGGCGCAAUUAGAGGAAACGCCAGCGGAGAAGGAGACAGAGGCUGAAGGAAACCGGGACCUUGCUGAGGACCUCAGCAUUUCAGAGGAAUCUGCGGCGGAUGACAUGCCGGUGCCGUCCUCCAAGAAGCGGCGGAAGCGCAAACGGCGCGACAGAAAAGCCCAGGAUCUCCGAAGUCAUCACCGUCAGCUCAACGAAGAGCUUGCUCGGCGCGAGCGUCAGUUCCAUGAAAAGAUGGCUGAACAGGGCUCGAUCCCUGGCAACAAGACCCGCCUGAUCGUCAAUGUUACCAAGGAAUCCGAUGACUUGCCAUUCAUCUAUAUCAACGACCACAUCGGCAGGAAGAUCAAAGAUCAUCAGAUCGAGGGCGUCCGGUUCAUGUGGAACCAACUUGUUGUCGACUCCCGCGUCCGCCAGGGCUGCUUGCUCGCCCAUACCAUGGGUCUUGGCAAGACCAUGCAGGUGAUCACGCUGCUUGUCGUCAUUGCCGAGGCGUCAGCGUCGCCGGACGAGUCUGUUCGGUCGCAGAUUCCGGAGAGCCUGCGGGUGUCCAAGACGCUGAUUCUGUGCCCGUCGAGCUUGGUGGAUAACUGGUCCGAGGAAAUCGCAAUCUGGGCUCCCGAUGGCUCGCUAGGCCGCGUGCAGAAGUUGUACUCGUCGCUCUUGCCUAACGACCGGGCCACCACUCUCCGACUUUGGGCGUCAUCUGGUGGAGUGCUGAUCAUUGGGUACAGCCUGUUUACUUCCCUUACCCAAAGUGAUGAGGAGACUGCCAAGUUACUGCAGGAGACCCCCAACCUGGUAAUCGGCGAUGAGGCACAUUACAUGAAGAAUCCUGGCUCCCAGAGGCAUCAAGCGACGGCCAACUUCAAGACGAUGAGCCGCAUCGCUAUGACUGGAUCGCCGCUGACGAACAAUGUCAUGGAUUACUAUGCCAUGAUCAACUGGGUUGCGCCGAACUAUCUCGCCGACAUCGCCGAGUUCCGGGACAGGUUCGAGAAACCCAUCAGAGAAGGUCUCUGGGCGGACAGCGAGCCUCAGCAGAAGAGAAGGGCCCGGAGAAUGCUCCACGUCCUGAAAGCCACGGUGGAACCCAAGGUGCACCGAAGGGACAUUCAGGUUCUGAGGAAUGAGCUGCCGACGAAGAAAGAAUUCAUUCUGACCCUUCCCUUGACGAAGGUACAGAUGGAUCUAUACAAGACGUACAUCGAGUGGGUUACGGAACGGGGCAGCGAGUUGAUGAACGGUCAAGCGAGGGCCUGGAGCCUGGUGGCCAAACUUGGGUAUGUCCUGGCCCAUCCCAUCAUCUUCAAGACGACGGUAGAAGCUGGGAAGACGAAGCCGCACGGCAGCAAGGUGCAGUCGUCAAAACCGCCAAGGGUUGCACAGGCAGAGGACAGCGACGAGGAGAAUGUCGAGAUGCCCCAGGACGUCUUGAUCAAGAUGAUGGCAGUUGUCCGUGUCCGGGAGAUCGAGAACUACGCUCUCUCGAACAAGAUUCUCGUUCUCUUGCGGAUCUUGGACGAGUGCAAGAAAGUGGGCGACAAGGUGCUUGUGUUUUCUCAGAGCAUUCCCACCCUGAAUUAUAUCGAGAACAUCUUCAAGAGGCAGAGAGUCGUGUACCAGCGGCUCGAUGGCAAUACUCCCAUGAACGGGAGACAAGACUCCAUCAGAAAAUUCAAUGCCGAUGGCGCCACCCAGGUGUACUUGAUCUCGACCAAAGCGGGAGGCAUCGGCCUCAACAUACACGGCGCCAACCGUGUAGUCAUUUUCGAUUUCAAGUACACCCCGACCGAUGAGCAGCAGGCAAUUGGCAGGGCUUACCGACUCGGGCAAACAAAGCCGGUCUAUGUCUACUGGUUAACGAUUGGCGGCACUUUCGAGGACACAAUCCACAACAAUGCCGUGUUCAAGACCCAGCUGGCGUCUCGGGUGGUGGACAAGAAGAACCCGGAUCCAUGGUCCAGGAAAUAUACCGAGUGGUUCGUGAUGCCCAAAAUGCCGGAUCAGGAAGAUUUGUCCGGUGCCCUCGGCCAAGAUCAAGUCCUCGAUGCGCUCCUCAAUAGCCAAGACAUCGGUAAACUGAUCAGGAAAAUCACUUCCACCGAAACCUUCGAGAAGGAGGAGAAGGAUGAGCUUACGCCGGAGGAGAAAAGAGAGGCGGAAGAAGAAGUUGAGAUAGAACGUCUGAGACUCCAGAACCCUGAGGAAUUCCGACGCAGGGAGUUGGAGAGGAUCCGGCAACCGAGAAGCACGGCCGUGCCACUGCCUUCGCCGCCCAACCCAUAUCAGCCACCGGGACGCUCUAUCGACGCUAGCCAGCUCUUCAACCCUUCUUCCCUGUACCAGACCGUGGUUCCUAACUCUGCACCUCCAGCUGUCGUUCAAGUCUCGCCGGGUCAACCCAGCGCGGGCAAUCAGCAGCCUACUACGGUGCCAAACGAGGUUCGGCCGAAUGAUGCCACGGCCGAAGAAUCGAAGGCCGCAGCACCUGUGCCCAUACUUGCUUCGGGGUCUCAUUUCAAAAGCCCGUCCACGCGAUCCCCCUCAGCUGCUCCGAGCGGGCCAUCGUCAUUACAAGCAGUAGAGGCUACACAUCUUGAGUUCCCUGAAUUGCUGAGCGUUCAUCAUAGGCUGUGUCAAGAAGGACGCCAUGUGAAGCAUCACCCGAACGACCUAGUAAGCAGGGUGAAAGGCGUGUGGGCGCAAAACAAGAUCGAGCAUCUGCCGUUGAUGGACAAGAUGCAGAAUCUCAAGAAAUUCUCUCGAGACCCAAGGUUCGCCGAGGCAAUGCUCUCUGGGUAUAUGGAGCCUGAACAGCUUGCGUCUUUGACGAGGCUCCAGAUGGAGAGAAUUGCGACUUCACUCAGUGGCCUGGCCGAGGCCGAGUUCAAGCAGCGAGUUUGGACGGGCAAGGCCGAUAUCAACCAAACACCAGCACAGUUGUCCAUAAAGACCGAGAGGCGCACGGUAGGGUCGGCGGAGCUGAAUGGCCCGCUACCGACACUACGUGACAGACCGACACGAGGGUUCUUACGGUUCAUUGACUCGGAACCAGACGAGCCCCCUACCACGCCGCAAGAUCGUCCACGGUCCAGGAGGCCCGGUGACUCAGCAAAAUCGCCCCAGGUUAUAGAAUGAGCGCAGGCGUCUUCCGAUCACGCUAACUUUUUUCCUUCUCCUUUCUUGAGAUACCCCACGGUUGCUUAUGCUGCAGCUGUUUUUGCACGGCGUUUUCGAGGGUAAUGGCAGGAAAACAGGAAGAUUCAGGCACUUCG